AUGCUGGCGGAUAACCUGAAACCAGACUACUACCGCAGCAUAGCGCGACCUCAGCCGAUAGCCAUUAGCGACUACCACCAUCACUACCAUCCACUCACUUCCUCAUCAUCGACGGCUUCAAGUGAGGAAGUUUACGACCGAAAAAUUUCAUCACAGGUCAAUGGCUGCAGUCGCAAAACGAGCCCUCCCAUUCUGCCGUCUCCACGUAGUCUGGCUACAAACAUUUUUGCUCGCCAAGUCUCUCUCUCCUCCGGUAGCUUACUGGGUGAUCUCAACGGGAAACCACUCUUCUACAUGCCUGCGUUAUCUGCAGACGUGGAUCCCCUCCUGCCAGUUGGCGUCCAAACCACACCCACUUCCUCCCAUUGCAGUAACAACGCCUCACCUACGUCCCCUGGCACUUCCACAAAGAACCUACUGGAUUUGUUGGUCGAUAUCCCAGAGAUUAGUUCUUCCAGUCGCCGCACUACUAGGACCAAACAGCGACGUUCACAGGCAAACAACAGCGCUCUUCCAGAAUCACCGUCCCCGCUCUCCGACACCAAGAUCGUCGAAAAGCCAAAGAAACGGUCGCGGCGGAAGCCACAGACGUUGGAGAAGCCUCCGUUGUCGCCGCCAGAAGUGUUUCCACCCACCGCUGAAUCGCCAGCGCCAUCGCCAACGCCGCCUGUUGAGCCUCAACCCCCUCCCGCGGAAGUCACUACGUCGGUCGCAGUUGCACUCUCUGUGCAAGAAGCCAACGGUGACGACGAUGAUGACGGGGGUUUCAUUGCGGUUACAACUAAGAAGAGGAACAGACAAGUGCGCCCGUCGGCUAAACAGCAGCAGCAGCAACGCCAUUCCCAACCGGUGUAUCUUAACAGAGCUCCCCACUACCGUCCACCGCAUCCGACAGCAAAUUAUCGCGUUGCUCGACUCCCUCCACAGCCGCCGCCGCCUCCGCCGCCUCCGCCACUACCACCACCACCACCUGUAACUAGGAAACAGCAACCUCUACCUCUUGUAAAAAUUACUCCUCCUGCUUCAGACCAAGCAGUCGCGCCGCCUGCAUCAGAUGCGGCUACGUCUGUACAGCCUGACUCUUCCACGUCUACUUCAAUCAGUUCUACGAGCAAGGCAGCUUCGUGUACACCAGCACAGUUGGUUUCACAUCCAAAAGCUGACGCUGUGACGUCUACGUCGACGAAGAUGGCAGUGUCUGCAUCAGCACAAUCAAGUGAGGCCGCUACAUCUGCUACGUCUGACGCAGAUACGUCUGCAACACCAAGGCAGCCAGCUUCACCUGCAGCAGCUGAGACCGACACAAAAACGUCUGCACCACCAGCGCAAUCACUUGCGUCGCCAGCACUUAAAGCCGUCACGUCUACUUCAACGAAUGCAGAUACGUCUCCGCCAACUUCGCCUGCGGCAACUGAGGCAGUAACGUCCACAACAGGUAAAACACUUGCGGCACCAAAAACCACAGGUGUUAAGUCGGCAACUAGUAAAACACUUGCACCACCACCACUGCCGCCUGUCUCCCCCAAGCAUGUCGUUCCAGAGAGUCUGGUUCGGCAGCACCCGCUGUUAGUCAAUUUUAUGAUGAACACCUGGAACACCUUUGUAAAAUCCCUAGAUUCCUAG